CUCCACUCCAUCCUGGAUACCAUCUCCUCAAUCCCCCCUCUCGUUCGACCCCGUGUGUGAGGAGCGUUUCAGCAUUCGCUCGUCCCAAACCGCACCUGCGAUCAUUUGCGCCGGCUCUUGAACGUUACGGUGAACUUUGUGAAGAGUGAGUGCUAAAUCCCCCUCUUCCUUGCAUCCCAUUCACCAUCAUCUGCCGUCGGUUACUGCCAAAGCUAUCCGGGCGCCUGGUACAGCAUAUUACUCGCGCAUAAAAUGGAGACGAUUCAUGAUUUUGCAUUAACGGAGUUUCCUGAAGAGGCACGUGCGCAUGGGUUGUCCCGCCAUACUCCAGUACCCGGCGACGUCAGCCUUCUUUUUUCUGAGAGAUGGGUAGCUCGGGAAGCUUCGUAUUCUCUAUUGGUGAUCCCAUGAGCGGUCGCCUUCAUCUAAAAUCUAGCGCUCAUAAGAUUCAUAGUCUUAUGCUGGCUUGACUGGUCAUUUUAUCUCGGAAUUUUCUGUGUUUUGCGCUAAUCAUAGAGUUUCGCCUGACAGGUACUUCGAAGUCUCCUGCCUCUCGUUUAGAUCACAUUGACAUCAUGCCCUUGGAAGCGAAGGAAAUUGAGCUCAAGGCGAAGGCCUUGACGAAGGCCGCCACUCAGAAUGAACCAGCAGCCAACAUUGUAUCCUUGCUUAAAGAGCUUCAACAAGGUGUGAAGGCGACGGAGGAUCUGCUGCGAUCCACCCGUGUGGGAAUCAUCGUCAACAAGUUCAAACAGCACAAGUCACCCGAGGUCUCCCGCUUAUCCAGUGAAAUCGUGUCCAGGUGGCGGAAUGAAGUCAACAAGCAAAAGGCGAGUGGAUCGCCCGCGCCCAGCCAGCGUUCAAGCAAUUCGCCGCGCCCGGCUCAGAACGGAACCGCUUCACCUGCCGGUACGACGCCUACAGACAAAGCGUCCAAGUUGUCGGUUGCCCCGGAUAAACGUACAUGGAAGGCAGAUGGUGUGGAUGUCAACCAGACGGGAAGUAAGAUUCGUGACAGCUGCAUUGGGCUGAUGUAUGAUGGACUGUGUCUGAACUCGACGGAAUCUCCGCGUAACGUUCUGUCCAAGGCGUCCGCCGUGGAGGCCGCAGCAUACAAGUCCUUGGGCCCCGAGACCAAAGAGCAGUACCGUACCAAGAUCCGCAGUUUAUUCCAAAACCUCAAGAACAAGUCGAAUCCAACUCUCCGCAUCCGUGUCCUCAGCAACGACGUGACCCCCGAGCAGUUCGUGCGCAUGUCACACGACGAGCUGCGCUCCGAUGAACAGCGCGAGAAGGACGCAAAGAUCCAGAAGGAGAAUAUGGACAAGGCAAUGGUCGCCCAAGCAGAGCGCAGUAUCAGUACCAGUCUGCAGUGCGGCAAAUGCGGACAACGCAAAGUCACAUACACUGAGGCCCAGACGCGCAGUGCAGACGAACCGAUGACUUUGUUCUGUACUUGUCUGAACUGCGGAAAGUCCUGGAAGCAGUAACUUCUUUCUUCCUCACUCCUCACUCUUCCACUUUUUUAUCUUCCUCCGAUUUAUUGUUCCAUUUCAUCUUCUUACCCCACCUCAUCUUUACUUUCUAUAGUUGUUUUAUCGAGUCUGUCCAAUUACGCUACGGCGUGGAGUUUGGUUGCUUAAAAGAGGUCCUCAUUCUCGGGGGGCAAGCAGGUUGAGCCCCGCGAGGUUUUUUUUUUUUUUUUUAUCGUUACCAUUACAUUUUGACUAUUUAGUGCCGGUAGAUAGAUGAUUAACGAAGUGCGUUGACUGCUCACAA